AUGAUAUUGAAACCCUUUCUUAUAGCCCUGGGCUUCUUAUCAGCAGCCCAGGCAAUCAAGCCUUUCACAUGGAACAAGCAAACAUUCCUCCUGCACGGCAAACCAUUCCAAAUGAUCGGCGGACAAAUGGACCCUCAACGCAUUCCCCAUGAGCUCUGGACCGACCGACUAGCCAAGGCACGCGCAAUGGGUCUUAACACUAUCUUCUCAUACGUCUACUGGGACCAGCUAGUCCCGGAAGAAGGCGCCUGGGAAACAAGCGGAAACAACGACAUCGCACGCUACUUCAAGAUUGCCCAAGAACAAGGAUUGAACGUCGUCUUACGCUCUGGACCUUAUAUCUGCGGCGAGCAUGAAUGGGGCGGAUACCCAGCUUGGCUGAGUGAAGUACCCGGGAUGGUCGUUCGAACUAGUAACAAGGCAUACCUUGAAGCAGCGAAAUUCUACAUCGACCAUCUGGGCACAGAACUGAAGGAUUUAAUGGUCACAAAUGGCGGACCUAUCCUGAUGGCUCAAGUUGAAAAUGAGUAUGGAUCUUACGGUGAUGAUCAUGUCUAUAUUUCUGCUUUACGUGAUAUGAUGAGCCAGGCUUACGGUGUUCCACUGUAUACCAAUGACGGCGGGCAGAAGUCGAUGCUUAUCGGUGGCCAGAUACCAGGUGCACUGGCUGAGACGGACGGGAGUCCACAGACGGGGUUCGCGGCAAGAAAUGAAUAUGUUACUGAUCCGAGUAGUCUAGGCCCUCAGCUUGAUGGGGAGUAUUAUGUUACGUGGCUGGAUCAGUGGGCGAGCAACUACACUCACGAAACGGAUGUUGGGAACACGGAUGCAAUUACGCAGGUGACCUCCGACUUGGAUUGGAUUUUGAAGAACGACAGUUCGUUCAGUAUCUAUAUGUUCCAUGGUGGUACGAAUUGGGGAUUCCAGAAUGGUGCUGAUUGGGGGGAUGCGUUGGAGCCGAUUACUACGAGUUAUGACUACGGUGCACCGCUCGAUGAAAGUGGGCGGACGAAUGAAAUAUAUCACGCAAUCCGGGAGGUGAUCGCUGCUUACGCUGGCAAUGAUAGCAUUCCUGAUUUAGUGCCUGAAAGCCCGUUGAUCACUAUCCCCUCGAUCAAGCUCGAACCCGCCGUGAGCAUGUUCGAUGCACUCCCCGACCCGAUUCGAAGGACGAUGCCUGUCAAUAUGGAAGCGGUUGGCCAGUCUACUGGGUUCAUCCUAUACCGACACACUGCUACCUCUGUUGUAAGCGGGGUUGUGAAGACGGGCGACCAACCUCGAGACCGGGUCCUCGUUUACGUGAAUGGGAAGCGCGUCGGUGUGAUCGACAGCACCUACGAAGUGCCGAAUACGGUUUCUGUCACAUUAAAGAAGCAUGAUGUACUUGACCUUUUGGUCGAGAACAUGGGUCGCGUGAACUACGGUUCUAAGAUUGUGGAUCAACGGAAGGGAAUAGUAGGGAAUGUCACUGUUGAUGGAACGGUUAUCUCGAAUUGGGAGUUGUAUCCUCUUCCUCUGACAACGCUUCCUGUGGCUGCACCUGCAGCUCCCCUGGUCACGACGACCUCGGGCCCAAUUUUCUAUACGGGAUCCUUUGAUAUUGAUACAGUGGGUGAUACAUUCCUCGAGCUACCUGGAUGGACGAAGGGCGUUGUCUGGGUGAAUGGUGUGAAUCUGGGUCGGUAUUGGGUUAUCGGACCACAGCAGACACUGUAUCUUCCAGGGGUAUAUCUUCGUCGGACUGCGAACAGUAUCACUGUAUUGGCACUGGAGCCUACUGGGAGCGAGGGCGAGGUUCGCGGAAUUACGACGCGGAACUGGGGAAAUAAUCCUGACCCUGAUAUGUGA